AUGCUGAAUCUCCUUAGACUCCUGCAGAAAGCUUUGAAUAUUCUUUUCAUGCUUCGCAUGAAGGAUGGCAUUGGGCGGGGCCAUGUGACCACGCGGAAGGCGCACGCUUCGAUCUGUCGCGAUUGCAUCGAGGCACACCGCCGCUUCUUGCGGAAACACCCUGGGGCGACCGAGCAGCAACGUCGCCGCCUGCUCUCUUUCAACGAGAAUGAAGGACUUGAGUGCUGCUUGUGGCCACAUUUGUACUGGAGGAAUGACAUGAUGGAAACCUACGUUCGACUGAGCGACGUUCGUCGUCUGCGGCGAGAGGAAAACCGGGACGUCGCAGAAGUCGUGGGCCGUAGACCUGCUCGCGGGCGGAAGAGGACGUUCCUGGAGAUGCAUGACGAGGAUGCCAGCGAGGAGAACGUCCAGGCUGGCCGGACGAGUGUCAAGUUCUCCUUCAUGCGGAAAGCGCUCGGCCCCAUAAUCGGGUACAGCACCAAUUUCGAGCUCCUCAGCUUCGUGUACGACUUGCUGCUCUGGUCUAAGCUCGGGGCGACCAAGAAUGUCGCCAAAGGACUGCCGCUGCGUUUGGCGCUUCAGACCGAGUCCGACUCGCCGCUCUACUGGCAGACGCGACACCAGGCGCUGCUGGACAUGCAGCGCCAGUGCGGUUUCCCUGUCCUAUUCAAAACCAUGGCUCCUUGGGAAUGGUCCUUCCCGUAUCACACCUGGGUCCUGGACGAAAUGCAGAAGGCCGAUCUGGGCCGCAUGGGCUUGGCGGGCCCGGAAACCCUCCACACCGCGCAUGUCUUCGCCCAGCUGGAGAUGGGUUUGUACACCGGCCACAAUGCACAGGUCAAAACAGACGCGGCGGCGGAGCGCAAACACCCAGGCUGGUCCGACCACAUCUUGGCCGAUCCGACGGACGGUCAGCGAAAGCUGCCUACUCAGGGAUACCAUGGCAGCGGCCGGGUCCAUUGUCACAGCUUGAACUUCGGAUGUCACUUCGCCCGUGCCAGACUUGCUGAUCAGAUGAUGGCCACCGUUCCGGCAUGUGACCAGCCAGCCCUCAGGGGCUACAUGCUGGGUCGCCCGCAUGGGCGGGACGACAGUGGUUGGCCGGUGGAACUCGAAGAAAGCCGCUGGGACGAGGAGCUCGGGCGAGUGCGACUGCAGCACACCGGCGCAGACAAAGCUGCCGGCCAUCGCGCCUUCUUCAAGGAGACCCUGGAGAUUACCAAGUGUCACCAGGACGUCCUGCACUGUGACAGGCGGGCCAACAGCAUGAAGUACUGCGCCACCUACAACGCCAAGUUCAGCGACUCCUUCGCACAAGACUGGCUCUGCGACGACAUCUCCGGCAACGCCGUCGCUCGCAAGGUUUUGUUCGAGUAUCAUCCGUGCGAGCCGGAGAUGUGGCUGUACAUCGGCGGUCGCUUGGCCCCGCCAUGUCAGUACAGUGGCACGAUGGUGUCGCUGCGCGUCCCACUACCCACCCCGGGCGCGGAGAAGAACAAGCUCGUGGAGCUCUACGAAAAGUCACAGUGGCGUGGGGACGACAUGACCUUUCUGGAGUGGCUCCGUAAGUCCAAUGCCGAUGGCAAGAUCGCCCGCUGGGUGCAACUGCGUCAUAAGCGGCUCGUGACCCUGCAGCAGACGAAACAAUCGCUGCCAGACUUCGCGCGAACCUGCAGUGUGAACGGCGAGAAGCUCAUCGCCGCGGAUGUGCUUGCAAUGUCCAACGAUAAGAUCUGCUCGACCCUGCGAUUGCGGCAGCCGUGCCCGCCUCCUACCUCUUCCUGCAACGCAAAGAUCGAGACCUUAUUGGCCAUGCUGCGGGCCAACCUCUACCUGGUCGAGCAAUGCGUCCAUGGGGGUUUGCGGCUGCCGACGGCGGCCGACGAGCGGGCGGCGCUACGAAGGGGUGGCCUCCUGGACGACGAGGAUGAGGGCGAGGAUGCUGACGCAAAGAUGCAGUGGAAUCCAGAACAAGCGCGUCUACAGCGCAAAGUCAACCAGGCCGUGGACCGCUCGCUCGCCCACCGCGCGGAGGAGGAUGACGACGAGCGAGCUGAGGAAAAGCGGCAAGAAUCCUGGAAGCACAGCACUGUUAUCGCGGGCAUCGGUCCGCCCGGCACCGGGAAGACGACAGCCGUGGACGUUUGCGUUCGACGGACCCUGCGGCGCGGCGGCCGUGUCCUGUACGCCUUGCCGACAGGCCAGCAAGCCGCCCGUGUCCGUGGCCGCUUCCUGACCUGCGACGUCGACACCUGCUCCGGUGCCUUCGGCCUCUGGCAAUCAUCUCAGGACGCCUUGCAUCUCCUGGACUUGCUUUCUACCUACGACUUGGUCGUCGUGGACGAAGUCUCACAACUUUCCAAGCACGACUUCAACCGCAUUCUGAAACUCUGGGACGCGGCAAGUCGGAUGCCUGCAUUGGUGUUUAUCGGAGACUUCCAUCAGCUUCCCGGCGUGGAGCCCACCAACGCCAAAGACAGUGCCAGGUGGCCGCAUGUCUUCAAGGUCGACUUGUGGCAAAUGUGGCGCUGCCAGGAUCCCGCCUUAAUGGCCAAGCUCCGCCUACUGCGUUUGAAUCAACCCACGGAACAGCAGCUGCGCGACAUCUGCCGUUGGCAUAAGGCAUGGAGCCAGAAAAACGAGCCCGCAGCUUACGACGUGCUCCGCCUCCACCGCGACCAUCCUGACACGGUGCUGCAGCGCUCGUUAAUGAGCGUGCAAGUGCUCUUCUCCGACCGUGGCAAGAAGUCGUUGGGGACCGUAGACACGGACUGGGAAUCCAACGUGGACAACUACUUGCUCGACGGCAAGCUCAAAUCUGGUUGCCCGCCACGGCCGCAGCCACUCGCUUUGUUCGCAGGCCUCAAACUCCACUUGACCAGGAACCUGGACAAGCCCGGCGACUUCGUCAACGGCAUGGCCGCAGUCGUGCAAUCCUUCCAUCGGCCCUCGGGUUGCCUCCGCGUGCUCACGCAAACUGGAAAACACCUGGCGGUUUACCCCGUCACGGAGUUUGUCGAGGACUGUGGCACCGUCACGGCCUACCCGAUCCGGGCGGGGUACGCGUGCACGAUCCACAAGCUUCAAGGCGCGGAGCUGCCACAUGUCACCGUCUGGCUUGAUGUGAAGCACAUGCGUGCCGCUGGGUACGUCGCCAUCAGCAGAGUCCGCACCGACGAUGCCUAUCUGCUUGCCAGCUUGUUGACCCCCGAGCACUUCACGCCUGCUGUUUGA